UGGUUUGUCCAGAUUUUUGCUCCAAAGUAUAGUUUAUCUUUCAAUACCCACCAACUCCAUACAUUCAUAACCAGAAUUGUUCCUUAAACUUCAGUCAAGGUUUACACCUCUCCGCGGAGUGACCAGGUCUCUAAGCAGCCACUAAAUCAUCUCAAAGAUGACUUUGAACCAGCUCAUAUCUCUGAUUUUUGGGUUCGACACUUAUUCCACCUACUUUGGACGAGUCUGGCUAUUGGUAUAUCUAUAUCAGGUCGUGGUCUGCAUUAUAUCUGCCCAGUACGUGUGGAUCAUCAAUUUUGAGUGCAGCACUGCCCAGCCGGGCUGCACCAACGUCUGCUAUGAGCACUUCUUCCCCAUCUCCCCCAGCCUGUUAUGGGCCCUGCAGCUCGUGGCCAUCACUUGCCCUUCUCUGCUGGUGCGGUGCUGGUACCAGGGGCGCAUACAGAAGAAACGCAGGAACACCAGCAGCCACAGGGGGGCGGAUUUGAAUGCGAAGACGUUUCCCGACACGCUGUGGUUGAUUUGCCUGAGCCUACUCCUGAGGGGUGCUCUGGACGUGGGCUUCCUCUAUAUCUUUUACUACAUCUACCACAGCUGCAAUGUGCCCAGGCUCUACGAGUGCGACAUGCCGCCGUGUCCGAACAAAGUGAACUGCUACAUCUCACAUCCCACCGCAAAGAAGAUCUCCUUGCUCUUCAUGGUGGUGUCGACGUGUGUCUGCAUCGUCAUGAGCGUCUGUGAGAUGGUCUAUCUGAUCUACCAGAAGAUCCACAGGCAGAACAAGAAGAUCCGCCAGCGGAUGUUUCCGGAGAGACAUGAGCUCGGCGAGCUCGUACUGCCCAGGACCGACCCGACCGCUUCCAGAGCCCUGUCCAGAGCCUCGUCCAGAACCUUGGUCCAAAACCCCCACAGUCCGACCGCCUCUGAAGCCCAACAGUCAUUUGUAUAG